AUGACUGGGAAGUUUGAUCUGGAGCAAUUCAACGUGAAAACUCUCUACGACAAGCUGGAGGAUCAGAACCUGCAUUUGGCGUCCCAGCUGGCCAGGCACCGCAAGGACACCCAGGAGUUCUACCGGAAUAUCUGUCAACAAACAGAUGCCCUGAAGGAUGUUCUGGAGAACAUGGAACCCAAAAAGUUGAGUCUGUUGAAAGAGCUAUUGGAACGCGAUGCCUUGCAGAAUGAAUCAUACACCAACACGGAUGCAGACGGGGAUGGACAUAUCCAAUCAACAAAAGAUCCGUCAGUGGUGCUGAUGGGAGCUGUAGUCAGAGCUUUGGAGGCAGUCCUGUACAGACUUAGUGGAGAGAGCUGGCAGCAGCAUGACAUGACCGCAGCACACUGCCACACAGACAGCAGGGAGUGUGAACUGCACACAGGCUACACACAGUUUUCCUCAGCCAACAUGACCAAACCUGCAUCAGGCCAUGAGACAGGACCACCACCUCAUGAUCUAGUACACCUACAGAGCACAGCCCCCUGUCUGAGUGAGCAGGACCUGUCCAAACUAGUGGCCAUGACCCCUCUGUCCAGGACCCUGCAGGAGAUACAGGAGUCCCUCCAGAACCUAUCUGGUGUAGACAGAGUGUGUAUUCCAGCCAGGACUGACAAAACCACAGAGGACCCAGCAGUGCACCUGAUUCCCGUUGCCCUGGACAACCUCUCCCCACAGCACUUUGCCAUCUUCCUGUUCGGCUGUAAUGUUGUGAAACUGCUUUGCAACACCCAAAUCUUCCCCCCUGUCAUGCUGCUUCUGUCCAAAACGGUUCCUGUCUCAGCUUACGAGGGCCUGGUGUCACACUGCAGUGGGGACUUUUAUUUUGACACAACCAACCAGAUUCUGUAUCUCUGUGAGGCAAAGCUUGAGAGUGUGGGACAGUUUAUUGCCACUCUCCUACAGUCUAUGGCCUAUAUUGCUUCAGGUUCCAAGCCUGAAAGCUUCAUGCAAGUCCUCCAUCAUGCCAUCUCUGCUUUGAGCCUUCAGUUGUUCAACGCCUCUUUCAGAUAUGAUGCAAACAAGGCAAAGAGGGACACCUCACUGACCUCAGACCAGUCUCCUGGGAAGUUAGUAGAGGACUUUCUCAAUGUCCGUGUCCCCACUGAUAGCCAGUUCACAGAGCACCUCUUGUCAGACAGACUCCAACGAUAUAAGUAUUUCAAUGUGGAGCAAAUCAUGCGGGAUCUUAAACAGUUUCCAGCAGAGGACACUGAAACGGGACCUUCACAACAGUGUUUAAGAACACCCGUCCAAGCUCACUGUUUGGAGAAGGAGAUGGACCAUCUGAAUGAGGUUUUCCUGCAGCUCAGCGUUCAACUCCAGAAGAGAACCCAGGGCGCAACAACCGAGAAGGCCCUGAGUCGUAAUGGAACAAUGAUGUUAGAGCUGAAGAGACGGUAUGUAUCCCAGAGGCUCGACGAGCUGCAAAUCAUAUUAAAUGGGAUGAGCCGGCGCCAGCUAGACGGCCACAGCCCAGAGGAAGAGGAGCAGACCCGAGAUCACCCACACCCAGAGCCAGACAACUAUAGAUCAGACGGUCAGAAGGAACACGAUCAUUCUCCAGACCAGGAGGACCUAGACAGCAGGGUACCAAAGAACCAUAAACUAGAAAAUAACCAGAGCCCGUACAAUCAGGAAGUAGAAAGCCAGGGACCAAGCAGUCAGAUGACAAGCAUGGGUAAAACAGGCUUCGGAGAACUAGAUGUAUGGGAACAAGCCAGUUAGAAGCAUGUGAAAAUGGGAUACUACUGAAGUGUGUGGUUUUGGUGUGAUUUGUCUCAUGAUUUUGUAGAUUACGUGUACAGUUUAGUGUAUGGUGUGAAUAAUAGAUGUAUAAUAUAAUAAACAUUUUCGUUGGA